AGUCAAAACUGACAGUUAAAAGUGAUCGUGUGUAGCCCCUAGGUUAGACAGUGAUCCGCAGUGAAAUACGAGAAAGUGACUCUAAAAACCGUGCUGUGCUAUGGCGGAUAAAGAAAAUAGAAGGAAGUGUUUUAAGUGCAGCAGCUCGGCCGUAGACAACAUUAAAUUAUUUAUUUUUCUGAAACCCCGCAGUCUGCAGUAAAGAACAUUUUUCGCUGUACAUUGUGGGCGAAAUAUUUGUUUCUUGCCAAAGAGUAGUAUACUAGCUUUCCAGGCAAAGCUACAUAAUGAGAACAGAAUGCUGUGUGAAAAACAUUUUAAUGGGCUUAGCUUUCCAUUGACUCCCGACGAGUUGGGGGUUGAUACGUAUUUUCACAGAAGAGUUACACUAUUAUAAGCACACACACACAAAGUUACAACAUGCGGAAACGCAUAAUUUUUGAGAAAAAAGUUAUUGAAAAUCAAUUAUUCUUGCAUUGUUUAUACCUAUCUAAUCCUACCAUAACACUGACGCCAUUUUGUAAUGUCAUUGUCGUCAGUAGGGAUGUCGAUUCUUUCCGAAAAAGGUACGAUUUUUAGUAAGCUGAUGUAUCGAUUCACAAAAAAUCGAUUUCUAAAAUAUCUAUAUUUUUUAAUGUUUGCAUUUAUAAUGUAAAUAUAAUUCCAUUUUAUGAAAAACAAGAAAGACCAUAAUAAAUGAUCUCUUAUUGAAAUUUGUUUUAUUUUAACAAUACCAAUUAGGGCAGAUAACAAAUAAAAUAGGUUAGAUUCAACUUAUGUCAAAGAACCGAAUUGAUUGACCCCGACUCCACCUGAUACGAGUCUGUCCUACCCCUAGAGUGGUUUUAAAGAGCCGGAGGCGCGUAGGGGGAGCAGCCUCCGCCUGCUGUAACAAAUCGUAGGCAUCGGACGAGCCGGAGCGACUGAGGCUGUGUCUAAAUAUUAUGUUGUCUAUAUUUAGACAUUAUAUAGACGAGAGUCAUUACGAAUCGUCUCGCGCGCAGACUUGACGACUUCCAGCCUCCCGAACAAGCCGGUUUCCGAAAGGGCUUUAGCACCAUAGACCACAUACAUACCCUUCGGCAAAUUGUACAGAAGUCCGAAGAGUACAAUUUGCCACUAUGUUUGGCGUAUGUGGACUAUGAGAAAGCCUUUGAUUCCGUCGAAAUUUGGGCGGUGCUGCAGCCCCUUCAGCGGUGCCAAGUUGACUGUCGGUAUAUCGAAGUGUUGAAGUGCUUGUACAGUAGGGCUACGAUGGCUAUCCGAGUACAGAACCAGAGUACGAAACCUAUCCAAUUGCAGAGAGGUGUAAGACAGGGUGACGUCAUAUCCCCGAAACUCUUCACCACUGCAUUGGAAGACGUUUUCAAGCUUCUGGACUGGAAAGGAUACGGUAUCAACAUCAAUGGCGAGUACACUCACCUUCGAUUUGCCGACGAUAUAGUCCUUAUGGCAGAAUCGCUGGAGGACCUAAGCACUUCAAUGACCUCAAUAGUGUUUCCCAACGGAUAGGUCUUAAGAUGAACAUGGACAAAACAAAGAUCAUGUUUAAUGUCCAUGUCACACCUAUGCCGGUAGUUGUUGGGAACACUGAGCUCGAAGUUGUUGACGAGUAUGUUUACCUGGGACAAAUAGUCCGACUAAGUAAGUCGAACUUCGACCGAGAGGUCAAUCGACGGAUUCAACUCGGCUGGGCAGCGUUCGGGAAGCUAAGACACAUCUUCUCGUCAGACAUACCUCAAAACCUUAAAACGAAAUUGUACAACCAGUGCGUGUUGCCAGUGAUGACUUACGGAACUGAGACGUGGUCCUUCACUGCUGGCCGGAUGAGAAAGCUCAAGGUCGCUCAGCGAGCUAUGGAGAGGGCUAUGCUCGGAGAUUCACUGCGUGAUAAACUUAGGAAUGAGGAUAUCCGCAGUAGAACAAGAGUAACCGACAUAGCCCAACGGAUUAGUAAGCUGAAGUGGCAGUGGGACGGCCAUAUAGCUCAAAGAACCGACAACCGAUGGGGAAGAAAGGUUCUCGAGUGGCGGCCUCGUACCGGUAGGCGAAGUGUAGGGCGUCCCCCCACGAGAUGGAGUGACGACCUGGUAAGACAUGCAGGAAGUCGAUGGAUGCAGGUGGCUCAGGACCGUGCUUUGUGGCAUUCUUUGGGGGAGGCCUAUGUUCAGCAGUGGACUUGUGAAGGGCUGUAAUGAUGAUAAUGAUGAUGAUGAAAAUAAUCAAACCUUUAAAAAAUCAAAUCCGAUUUAAAAUAACUGAAAAGAGUACAAUCUUCGAAAACGGGUGACGUGGUUAAAAAUUAUUUGUCCUAAUGUGUUUUAAUUUCUUAUAUCG